GAAAGACGAGACGAACGACUACAUCAAUCACCUGAAAUCCAAAACCUUUCAGUCCUCCCAAAAGUCCACUUACACGCAUCUUCAUCUUAUACUAUAUCAAAGAUGAGCUCCGCACAAGGCAACAGAGCCCUCUGGCUCUCAUCCUACUCCAAACCCCUUGAGGUAAUCGACCUCCCCAUCCCAGACGCUCCCACAGGCACAGUCGUCGUCAAAAUUCUCGCCGCGCCCAUCGUGCCCUACACGCACCUAGCCCAUACCGGCAAGCUACCGCAGCUCAACGUCUACCCGCCCUUCGUACCGAACCCCAACGCCAUCGGCCGCGUUCACGCCGUCGGCCCGGAUGCCGUGCGUGUCAAGCCGGGCGAUCUGGUCUACGUUGACGCCACCACCCGCGGCCGCGACGACCCCGUCAACGUCAUGGUCAUGAUCGGUCACCUCGGCGGCGUGGGCGACGCGGGACAGAAGUUGAUGAAGGAGUGGCGUGAUGGUUCGCUGCAGCAGUUUCAGAAGGUGCCUCUCGAGAACGUCUACCCCCUUGACGAGAAGCGACUCAUCGGUGAACUUGGCUACGACUUUGCGGCGUUGAGCUCUAUCGCGCAUUACUCCGUCGCCGCAGGAGCCCUCCUCGAGGCAGCAGACAUCAAAGUAGCAGAGACCGUGGUCAUCGGUCCCUCAGGCGGCUCCUUUGGCGGUCUGGCCGUCGAAGUCGCCCUCACCGUCGGCGCAAAUGUCAUCGCCCUGGGCCGAAGCGAAUCCAAGCUCGCAGCAAUGCGCACCAAGCUCGGCGAUAACCCACGCCUCAAGACGGUGGUGAUGACUGGCGACGCCAACAUCGACGCGCAGGCGAUUCUCGCGGCCACGCCUAACGGGGCCGGAGCCGAUGUCUUCAACGACUGGACGCCCGGCGAGCUCAAGAACCCGCCGUACCUCGAGGCCGCUGUGCGCACCCUGAAGCGCGAGGGAAGAGUGAUUCUCAGCGGCGGCGCGAGCGAGACGCUGACGAUACCGUAUGCUGUGUUUGGGCUUAAGAAUCUGAAGUUGAUCGGCAAGUGGAUGUGUGAGCGGCCGACGCUGCUGCAGCUGGUUCGCAUGGUUGAGGGAGGUCAGUUGAGGAUCGGGAGGGAGAGCGGAGCGGAGAUUAAGAUUUUCUCCCUGGAUGAGCAUCAUGAGGCGACGGAAUUUGCGAGGGACAAUGGUGGAUGGAGGAACUACACUGUCAUUGCUCCCAACGUGGAGUGA